AUGUCACAUGACGUUGUGUCCCUCUUUACGAACACUCCCAUCCCAGAGACUCUCAACAUCAUACAGAAAAGACUAGAAGAGGAUAGGGAUCUGAAGAGUCGGACGAACUUAGAGGUAGAUGACAUCAUUGAGCUGCUUUCCUUCAUCGUCACGACCACGUACUUCUCCUUCAGGGGUAACAUCUACCAGCAGAAAUUUGGGACAGCAAUGGGGAGCCCGGUAUCCCCGGUACUGGCAAACUUGUUUAUGGAGUGGCUAGAACAAGAAGCCAUUGCCACAGCACCCAUCACAUGCAAGCCCAAGUUAUGGAAAAGGUAUGUUGAUGACGUGGCAGAGGUGGUGAGGAGAGGAGCCCAGCAAGAGCUCACAGACCACCUUAACAGCAUCGACCCCACCGGCAACAUACAGUUUACGUAUGAAGAGGAGAAGGAAGGCACACUACCUUUCCUCGACACCCUUCUAGUGCGUAAGGAGGAUGGUACAGUGAAACUUUUGGUGUACAGGAAGAGCACGCACACGGACCAAUACCUAAACUUCCAGUCCCACCACCCUCUGCACCAAAAGUUAGGAGUUAUCCGUACCUUGUUGGACCGAUGCAACACCGUCACCACUGAAGACCAGGACAAAGAACAGGAAACACAACAUGUCAAGAGAGCCCUCACACGCUGUGGCUACCCUCAAUGGGCCUUCAACAAAGUGGAACAACAGAAGAAGAGACCGAAACAGAAAGAACUGAGCACUAAACAACAGGAAAAGUCGAAAGGUAUGGUGAUCAUCCCUUACGUCAAAGGAGUCACGGAACCUUUGGAAAGGGUAUUUCGGAAACACGGGAUAGUCACUGCAGUCAAACCCAAAACAACACUGAGAAGUCUGUUAGUGCAUCCUAAGGACAAACAGGAGGACUUAGCCAAAACAGACUGUGUGUACAGAAUCCCGUGCCAGAGCUGUGAUCAGGUGUAUAUUGGUGAAACAGGAAGGACUUUUGGGACGAGGUUAGAAGAACACAAGAAAGAAGCCAACAACAUAGAUGCCACAAGAUACACAAGAUCACAGAAAAGACUUGCGCUCAAAGAAGAAAAGAAGUCGGCAGUUACAGACCAUAUCGCCAGGAACAAUUGCGUAAUUGACUGGGAGGGGGCGAAGACAUAUUAA